GAUUUUAUUCGCGCACAGCAUAGGAUGAGGACAGGUCGUCGUGAUCUGACAUUAAAUAGCGGUGCAUUUUCCUUUAGGAUAAAUGCAUAUUGAUGUCCCCAUAUAUUGAGCAAUAAUGGGCGCUGGUGCGAGUGAUCUCAAGAGCAUCCAAGACAGCCCGGAGCUUCGGAAAUUUGUUGGUGAAGAUCUCAUCGCUCCGAAUGACCCAUUUUGGAAUCAGUUGCUUGGAUUCAAACUUGCAAGGAAAUUAACGAGAAACGAUGACAAGAAUCUGGAAAGCAGCUUGCAAGACCUCUUCAACACAUUUCUGACGAAUAAUCCCAAGACAGGAAAUUUUGCUGCCCUGAUAAAGAUAUUCUCGUUGAAAGUAACCGAUUUGAAGUCAUCUUUGGCCCUGAAAUGCGACGACCUGCGCCGGGAGACGCUGGCAGCUGCGCAGCUGGUCCGCCAGCUGUGCCAGCGGCUGGUCUCCUGUUCGGACGAGGAGCAGCUGGUGCGCCAGUGUCGCGCGCUGCCGCUGCCCGACGGGGUACCGCCGCCGGCCGGCUCCGACCCGCUGCUACUGCUCAUUGGCACACUGACCGACAUGACCAUCACACUGCCGCUACAGGAGGAUACGUAUUUCAUUCACCUGGAGGCUCUGAACACCCUGCUGAUUCUACUUGGCUGUCAAAUGUACACUACCAAACCAGCUCAUGAGCUGCCCGUCUACAGGCUCCUGCUGUCGGCCCAGCCGGCCGCCGACGCGGGCCCCUUCGUCAAGACCCUGCUGCGGCGUGUGUCGGCUAGAGACCGGGCCCCGGACUGGUCGGUCGCAGACGGCGCGGACGGCGGCGGCAGCUUCACACUGGGACUCGCUGGCGGUCUGUGGAGCGCGCUGACGCUCGGCUACAGCAGCCUCACGGCCGGCGGCGCCGAGGAGACCGCCGACCACUGGCCGCCGGUAGCCGCUCAGAGUCUGCUGCUGCUGCUGGUGCUGGGAAACCACUGCACGGACCGGCGCAGCCCGCUCGACAACCCGCACCGCAGAGCCAUGUUCGAGAUGGCCAACUUUCACGACCCUGCGGAGCCGCAGCUGAUGGUGCGGCCCCACUCGUUCCGGGUCGACUUUGGCCGGCUGCUGAACGCGCUCUGUGACCUGCCGCCGAGCGAGCCGGCCUCUCUGCUGCUCUAUCUGCUGCUGCACAAGAGCGCCGCCUUCCGCACCUACGUGCUGUCGAGGACAGACGUUGAUACGCCGGUAAUGCCGACACUACUGACGCUGUACCGUGUGGCCGACAACAGCAGCAGCAGCCACCAGCUGUACAUGUCGCUGAUCGUGCUGCUCAUCCUCACCGAGGACCCGCUCUUCAACCGGAGCGUGCACGACACGCUGGUCAAGUCUGCUCCGUGGUUCACGGAGCGGUCCGUGACGGACAUCUCCGUGGGCGGGCUGAUCGUCCUGGUGCUGGUCCGAGCCAUUCAGUUCAACAUGAACAACACACGGGACAAGUACCUGCACACCAACUGUCUGGCGGCGCUGGCCAACAUGUCGGCAGAGUUUCGGCAGCUGCACCCGUUCGUCUGCCAGCGGCUGGUGUCGCUGUUGGAGCAGCUGUCGCGCCGCCACAGCCGGCAGCUGCAGCUGCUGCAGACGCAGCCGCCGCCCGACGGCGUCUCUCUGCAGGACGUGACGGUGUUGGAGGAUGUGGUGAAGAUGCUGCUGGAGAUAAUCAACUCGUGUCUUACGGCGCAGCUGGCGCACAACCCGAACCUGGUGUACGCCCUGCUGUACAAACGGGAAGCGAUUCAGGCCUGUCUCAGCCAUACCGGCUUCCAGGACAUAUCGCGCAACAUCGAGACGGUGCUGGCCCACUUUCACGAGAAGGUGGCCAGCCUGCCCAAGGAGCCGGGCGUGAAGGAGGUGCUGGCCGUCAUCCAGGAGGGCGUCAGGAUGUUCCCCAUGGAGCGGCUGCGGAAAUUUCCGGAGCUCAAGUUCAAGUACGUGGAGGAGUCGGACCCGGAGGCGUUCUUCAUCCCUCACGUUUGGUCGGUGGUGUUUUCCGGCUCCGAGCUGCACUGGCGGGCGGACACCGUGUGUCAGUUCGACCCGCUGCAGCCGGGCGCAGUAUCCUGAGCUGUGGUACGUAACGAUCAUGGGGUGGAGACAGUGCGGGACAGCUGCCGCGGCCGGGCGCCGUAUCCUGAGCUGUGGCCAUUGACGCUGGACAGUGCGGGGCUGCCGCGGCCGUGUGUCCCACCGCCCCCAUAAUGGGCUGAGUAGUGCUGAGUCACCGGUACCGUCCACAGGACACGCCUCCACGGACCCACGGACCCGGGAGGCGUGUCGAAAGGAACGCCAGUCAUCGGCGUAUUUAUUGCGAUGGCUUGUUGAAUUGAAAUGCUGCGCAUUAUAGGUGGGUUACCACACAGCUGAAGUGCGGUGAGGAUUUAGAGGAGCGGGAGCCUCACGUUGACGUUUGUACUUCACAUUGCGACAUGAGCGAGCGACAUUGUUUACACUGCUAUUUGCGCUAUGGUGAGCCGCGAUACGCUGCGUAGGUACCAUACCAGCUAAUGCAUUGCUAUACAAAGUAUCUUUAGUGUCAUAUCUAGAUACGUUUUCUUCCGGUGCGGGCUACUGUCGGUACUUUACUGCCUUACGUCAGUAUUUAUAAUUUUAGCACCCUGAUGGGUCACCACUGACUGAGUCAAUGGGACAAGAAGACUACGACAGGAUCGUUGUGCGACUGCAGUUAGGUGUAAGUCACUUUCUGGGUAUUCGGGUGUCGUGACCCGGUACGCCUUGACACGCUCUGCAGCUGGUGUUAUUCGGUAAAUCGGAGCUCCUUUUGUGCCGGUAGAUAAGUUGGUGGCCAGUCCGCUUACUGUUGCUAAUUUUAACCAUGAGUCGUGUUUGUUUUCGAUAAGUUUUGUUGCGUUGUUUGUUACACAUUCUAUUUAUUAGCGUAUUGUGUCGAGUCGAUACUCGCUUCUGUUAUCCAGAUUGACUGGCUUUUUGUUAUCUAGACUGGCUAGUGGUUACCUAAGUAUAUGCAAACGCAUACUUUUAUCGCAGUUCAUGGAAUUGUAGAAUAUGCAAGGGGUGUUGCAAUGCGUUAUCUUCUUACAUGGUGUUUAGUAAUUAACGUGCUGUGAUUAUUGAACGGUUAUUACGGAUUGCUUGGGUUCCCAACCGUCUGGACAGACUGCUACGCAUAUGCAAUGGAACUGCUUGCAAAGUGUGAAUACAAACGUAGAAGCCAAAUGAUCUUAAGACCAGAAGGGUGAGUCUGAACCCCGGUUUAUCGCACUCGAUUUAUAAGAAUAUAUAUUUGAAUGAUUUGAACGGGAUAUUUUGUAUUCCGUCCCGAAACUGAGGCAGUUUCGGCGAUAGCUCUUUCGGAUGAAUGAUUUUUUGCUUCCGCAUUUUUCGAAAACACAAGUCUCACUGCCAAGACGGUUAACAAGUCGCGAAACCGUUAAGAAAUGAAAAUAUAUUUUCCCCGAUACACAU